CUGUUUUCGGUGAGGGAGCCUAGUGCGCCGAGGAAGAGGAGGAGAAGGGAGGAAGGAGGAGGAGGAAGGCUGCUGCUGUGUGGCGGAGCGGCGGCAGCACCUUUGACGUGCCCGUUCCCCACGUGACGGCCGCUCCAUUGCGGGGAGGGAGCUGAGCUGCCGCCGCUCCGGCAGAGCACGGCAGAGCCGCAGCCUCGGCGGCGGCAGCGGCGCCUCCGCCCGCAGUGCGUGUGUGUGCGUGUGUGAUGAGCGAUCGCCGCGUCCCUCCGCCCGCCGCCGGCUGACACCCACCGCGCGGGGCGCGCCACGAGCAGCGGGAGCAGCCGGGGAGCCGCGGCCAGCGCGCAGUGACCUUGGCCCAGGAGUGCAACAUCCAAAAGCGGAUCAAAUUUGUGGGACAUGGCACAAGGAAAUAAUUAUGGGCAAAGCAGCAAUGGGGUGGCUGAUGAGUCCCCAAACAUGCUGGUGUACAGAAAGAUGGAAGAUGUCAUAGCCCGCAUGCAAGAUGAGAAAAAUGGGAUUCCUAUUCGGACAGUGAAAAGUUUUCUUUCCAAGAUUCCCAGUGUCUUUUCUGGUUCAGAUAUUGUUCAGUGGUUAACAAAGAACUUAUCGAUAGAAGACCCAGUUGAAGCUCUGCAUUUGGGAACUCUGAUGGCAGCACAUGGCUAUUUCUUUCCAAUCUCAGACCAUGUUCUAACACUGAAGGAUGAUGGCACCUUUUAUCGAUUCCAGACACCCUAUUUUUGGCCAUCAAAUUGUUGGGAGCCGGAAAACACAGACUACGCUGUUUACCUCUGCAAGCGGACAAUGCAAAACAAAGCAAGGCUAGAACUAGCAGACUAUGAAGCUGAGAGUUUGGCCAGGCUACAGCGAGCUUUUGCUCGGAAAUGGGAGUUUAUUUUUAUGCAAGCUGAAGCACAAGCAAAGGUUGACAAGAAGAGAGACAAGAUAGAGAGGAAGAUCCUUGACAGUCAGGAGCGAGCGUUCUGGGAUGUGCACCGUCCGGUGCCUGGCUGUGUAAACACUACUGAAGUGGAUAUAAAAAAAUCAUCAAGAAUGAGAAAUCCACAUAAAACAAGAAAGUCUGUCUAUGGCUUACAAAAUGACAUCCGAAGUCACAGCCCUACACACACGCCAGUGCCAGAGACUAAGCCACCCACAGAAGAUGAACUACACCAAGAGAUUAAGCACUGGCAAAUGCAAUUAGACAGACAUAGAUUAAAAAUGUCAAAAGUUGCAGAGAGUCUACUAGCUUAUACAGAGCAGUAUUUGGAAUAUGAUCCUUUUCUUGUGCCCCCUGAUCCCUCAAACCCUUGGAUAUCAGAUGACACCACUUUCUGGGAACUGGAAGCAAGCAAAGAGCCAGGACAGCAGAGGGUGAAACGAUGGGGAUUUGGCAUGGAUGAAGCUUUGAAAGACCCUGUGGGAAGAGAGCAAUUUCUGAAAUUCUUGGAGUCAGAAUUCAGUUCAGAAAACUUAAGGUUCUGGUUAGCAGUAGAAGACCUGAAGAAGAGGCCAAUCCGUGAAGUUCCUGCUCGCGUCCAAGAAAUCUGGCAAGAAUUUCUUGCUCCAGGUGCACCCAGCGCCAUCAACCUAGAUUCAAAAAGUUAUGACAAAACCACUCAAAAUGUGAAGGAACCUGGGAGAUACACGUUUGAAGAUGCUCAGGAGCACAUUUACAAACUGAUGAAAAGUGAUUCUUAUCCUCGUUUUAUACGAUCCAGUGCCUACCAGGAGCUGCUACAGGCCAAGAAAAAGUUGGAAAACACUCUGGAUCGUCGAACAUCUUUUGAGAAAUUCACACGCAAUGUGGGCAGAAACAUCCCUAUUUUUCCAUGCCAUAAAAACUGUACACCAACACUGAGAGCGAGCACUAACCUGUUAUGAAAAGAGGGGAAAUCGCUCACAUCAAAGAGGUUAACCAGUCUAGUGCAGUCCUACUAAAAGGAUCACCUUGUAGCAUGGAAGCAGACUCAAAUCAUUACACAUACUUUGUAGCUCACUGAUUGCCUGACUCAGAGGACAGUAGAACAAGAUGUUGCAUGAGCAAGGACCUGACUUGUUUUCUUUUGUGUAUACUAAGGCAUUACAGACUCCGAGGGACUCUCUAGCCUUUCGAUGCCUCCAUUUCGAAAACUGUCUGCUCACUUCCUCCUUCAUAUCAAGCUGGAUCUGUGUCUUUUUAUUUUCUGCAAGCUCAAGUACAGUGAAAAAAAAGCUUCUGCUAGGCACAGUUUAUUAAAAAAAUACUUCAAUCAAAAACUGGAAGAAAUGUAAAAAAUUGCAUAUAUUAAUAAAUAUACAUAUGGCAUCACAUUUAUUGCACAAUAAAUUAGCACAGAAGGUUUCAUUUCACUGAUGUAUUCACAUUGAGAAAGAAAGCCUGUGUCUUUGUCUGUUGUCUGUAUAUUCUCUGUUAAUGUUUC